AUGGACGCAUACUCUCUCGGCUGUAUUCUGAUCGAGAUCGCAGAGUGGACGCCCCUUCGAAAGAUUAUCAAGAAGCGCAUCGACACCAGCAUUAGCGUCGACGUGAAAUUGAAUAAUCUUGCAUUGCUCUCACAGUCGAUGCAUGGUCGAUAUAUUACUGAGGGAGUCGCAGCAUUUCGACUUGGGGCUGCGUCCAUGAAGAUGCUUGUUCUGUGCAUUCCAGCCGGAGAUAAAAUGCCGGAUUUGGCCGACUUUAACUCUGCGCUUGAAGACAUGGCCGCUUGUGACAUUUAA